AUGCCUCAAGGAGCUAUCAAUUGCAGCGCUCCAUACAUUCCUCACGAUGCAUCGGUGGAACAUCUUCGUCUCAACUAUGCAUUUGGUGACAGAAUUAAUGUGACCUGUGAUGCAAGUGAUGAAUACUUUACUCUUCAAUGUCAUAACAAAGGCUUGUGGAGCGGACCCGUCGUUUCCUGUCCAAGGUCCAACGUAACAAUACCCGCUGCAGUUACCGCCCAUCGCCACGCCUACUGCAGUGCCCCAGCCGUACCACCUCACUCAACCAAUCAGAACACACGUCUCUCAUACAAAGAAGGUGACAAUAUCAACGUAACAUGUAACGAGGGUUCUGGAUGGUACCCUUUGGAAUGUUCUGACGGAAUAUGGAUCGGACAGAAUAUUGUCUGCCCAAAGCCCACCAUAGACUGCAACCAACCAAUCAUACCCGCCGUUUCAUCGCUGGGCACCUACAGGUCUCAUUACAAGGUCGACGAGGUGGUUAACAUCACAUGUCAAACAUCCCUUGAUUCCAUUCUUUGGGAAUGCCAAAAAGAUGGUCAGUGGCGCGGACCAGAGAUUCGCUGCCCUGUCUCUCAACCUAUAUCAUCCGGUGAUGCUGCAGGGAGAGUUGGAGAAAAGCCUGUAGAAAAGUGGCACGGACGAGAUUUGAUAACUACUGGUCUCCUAGUAGCAGCAGUGAUAAUGUUUGUCCUAGUACUGAUGUCCAUGGUGGCCUUCUCCAUAUCUUUCAAAGGGUGGCACUCGGGAUCAGCCAAAGAUGAUAAAAACGCCGACCGAGGACCACUCCCGGAUGUUCCUGGAGGAUACGCGGACUAUCUUGUAGGAGAAAAGUCUCUGUACACCGAACCAUACUUAAAACCAAGCAGCAUUCCACAUGGAUAUGAGACCUACGAAAAGCCAAUGUAAUUGACGAUACUAUUAUGUUGUAAGAAACUAGAAACCGGAAUCUUCGAUCAGGAAAGUUGAAAUGUUGAA